GUUUAAAGAGUACAGUGACUGGGGAAUCAUUAAAUCUAAUCAAUAAUAGUAAAAAGAGAAAAAGGCCAAAUAAUUGAAAUUCCUACGGCUAAACACCUGCGUGACGCUUCGGUAUAGUUGUCUACUUUUUCCCCUCGAUCCGAUCAAUAAACCCUAAAAGCUGUUUGCAAUCGAUUUUAAUGUUCAAUUUCAAUUCCCAGACAGAGAUCGUCGUCGUUUCGUAGUGAAUAAAAAGGAGAAAUAGAUGAUGCAGAGACGGAGUCCACCGAAGCACAGGCAUGAUGGGACUUCGCCACUGCCUCUCGGGAUGGAUUGGAGUCCUCCCCCUCGUAAAUGGAAUGGGAGAGAAACUGUUUGGCCACACGAUCCUCGAACUGGAUGGAGUUACUGUGUUACAAUACCUUCGUGGGUUGUCCUUCCAAAAUCAAGAGAUUCAGAUCCUGUAGUGUUUUACAGGGUACAUGUAGGGGUACAAUCACCAGAUGGUAUUACAACUACACGUGGAGUUUUGAGAAGAUUUAAUGAUUUUUUGAAGCUAUUCAAUGAACUCAAAAAGGCAUAUCCCAAGAAAAGUCUUCCCCCUUCUCCACCCAAGGGGCUGUUGCGUUUGAAAAGUAGGGCUUUGUUGGAAGAGAGAAGGUGUUCAUUGGAGGAGUGGAUGACAAAGCUAUUGUCUGACAUUGACAUGUCAAGAAGUGUCUCAGUGGCAUCCUUUCUUGAAUUAGAAGCUGCUGCGAGGUCUUCAUUCCAAGAAUUAAACGAAUGCUCAUCAGAAGCUAAUAUUGCUGGAAAUAGCACAAUUUCUUCAAAAGUUCCUUCCAGUUCAAGUAUAUCUCAUUUUGCUGGUGGUUCGUCAAUCACAUCAGAUUAUGGUAGCGAUACUGCUUAUGAGACAUCUGAGCUUGGGACACCUAGGUUAGGGAGAGAUGACAGUUCUGAAAUUGGUUCAGGAGAUCUGACACUGGAUGAAGAUUUAACAGGUUCAAUAGAAAAAAUUGUGAAGUAUGGUAUAUCAAAUAUUGAUGAGGGACUAUUUAUGGGACAGGCAAUUUUGGAGCAGCUAGAAGAUUUUCCUAGGCAUAGAACAUUGGCCAUAAACAUGAAUAGUACUUCAGGGAAUGAUAUUUAUAAUGGAAACGGGUCCAGAGCUUCAUUUGUUGCUGGUAAUGGAUUGGAACUCUUUUCUGAGCUAGAGCCGGCUAAAGUGGCUGGUCAUGCUCGGAAGUUAUCAACUGAAAGUUUUGGAAGUGAUGUAAGUUUUCUGAGAGGUGGUGAUAUGUCCAUUUGUGGGAUUCCAAAUUCAUCUGUUAAUGGCUUUGUUGACCUUCCUGGAACUUCCGAAGUAUUAAAUACAAUGGGAAGUCUUGGAAACUCAGAUCCUCAGUCUUCUGGAGAUACAAAAAUUGUUCUUCCAUUGGAUCAGCGUCAUAAGAUGAAUAGGGUUCUUUUAACCAUGCAGCGGAAACUAGCCACUGCAAAAACUGACAUGGAGGAUCUUGUAGCCAGAUUAAAUCAAGAAAUAGCAGUGAAAGGUUAUCUUACCACAAAGGUUAAGGAUUUGGAAGUGGAACUUGAAAGCACCAAACAAAAAAGUAAAGAAACCCUGCAGCAAGCUAUCCUGAUUGAGAGGGAAAGGUUUACGCAAAUGCAGUGGGAGAUGGAAGAACUUCGGCAGAAAUCAUUGGAAAUGGAGUUGAAGUUGAAUCCUAAUCAGGAUGAGAAGCAAAUAACAGAGACAACCAACCAAUUGGCUGAAGAGGAGAAAGAUGCAAUGCUGCAAGAGUUAAAUGCUACUAAGGAACAGCUGAACAGUAUAUCAAAGCGAUAUGAAGAGCUAGAGCUUAAAUCAAAAGCAGAUAUUAAAGUUCUGGUUAAAGAGGUCAAGUCUCUCAGGAAAUCCCAAAAGGAACUGAAGCAGGAGGUUGGUCAGUCACUAUCAGAAAAAGCUGAAGCUGAGGUACAACUAGUACAGGAAAGACAAAUAAUUAAGCAUGUAAGAAAUGCUAGAGAAAAGCUGCUCAACAAGUGCCGGCUUCUUCACAACCAUCUUCUUGAAUGCAGUGUGAAUUUGUCUACAGAUGAUGAAAAUUUAAUCAAAGAUUCUUCCUUUGUUCAAGAAGCACUGGAUUUGUUGACUACAUCUGAUAAUAAAAUCAUUCUCCUACUUGAGGAGGCGCAACUAUUAGCCAAGGAAGAAGGCAGUGCCACUGGCAAUGAUGAUAUCCAAUUGAACAACCACUACAAUAGUAGAACAGAUGAUGAGUUAAGGAAGAUCAUAGCAGGCAUUUUCACCGAGAAUGCUAACUUAAAAAAAGAGGUAAAUUCUCAUCUACGGCAUAAACUGAAAUGUGAUAAUCAUAUCAAAGAAUAAUGAUAAGGAGUUAACCAAGUCUUGAGAAAAUAUGCAAUGGGGUUUGAAUAUUGUAGUUAUUUUUCUAUCAUUUAGAUUAUGAUAAGGUAACCCCCACAAUCUCCAUUAUAGUCCCACAGUAAUUAAUUACAUUGCGAAUUUUGGGGUUACAUGUAUACCGCUAAUGCAGAGAAGAUGCCCUUUUAUAACACUGCUGUAUUCUAUAUAUUAUCUUUUGAAUAACAAUGGAGAAAAAUGAAAGCAAAA